GGAGAACUGAACAAGCCAAUCCGUCAAGAUGGUUUUCAUUUUGGGCGUGAACUUCCCCGAGCGAAACCUCGUCAAGAAAUCGCUGGAGUCCUUCUUCGGCAUCGGUAACUUGACCUCAACCCGUCUCCUUGCCCGCUUCCACAUCCACCCAACAUGCAAGGUUGGCGACUUGGCGAACAAGCAGGUCCUCGAUAUCACGGCCGCCUUGUCCGAUAUGAAGAUUGAGAACGACCUCCGCAGACAGUACCUCGAUAACAUCAAGCGUCUGAAGGAGACGGGAACCUACCGUGGUCGGCGCCAUGCGCUCGGUUUGCCCGUUCGGGGACAGCGGACGAGGAGCCAGGUUGGUUUACACCCAAUUUCAAAUAUCUCCGACUAUGAUACCAGGGAGUGUUGGAGCACUUCGCUUGUGGAUGUGGUCGUGGGGUACUACACAAAGCAAGAAUUCUACUAACAUGAUUUCUAGAUCAAAUCUGCUGUCAAGCUCAACCGCAUGGAGAGAAGACUGUGAGGUUAACAUGAUGAUUCAUUUAUUGACCCCAGUGGUCUUGCGGCUUCGUUUCAGUUGGGGCAUGGAAUGGCGUUAUAAACUUGCUUUUGUAAAUUAGUGUUCUGGCUUGACCUUCUCCACCCUGGAGAUGUAUUUUAUUUAGACAAUGAAACAUUGAGACUCUAAGGAGAUCAUAGUAGUGAUUCCAUGCUGCCUCUUAGAGCAAUUAUGUGAUAUAUUGCAAGUAGAAACAUCAGCUCGUACAGCGGCUCGUUUAAUACAAAGAGUCAGAACCAAACUUUUCAUCCUAUAAGUAUAACGCCAGAACCAUAUGUGCAACUCCUCUUAUGCGGAAGACAAUACGCCCUCACCCCGGUUGAUCUGAAUCCUCUUAUCUUCACCGGCGCUAACAAUGCCAACCGAACGGUCCCAGCACACACUGAAGACCUUGACU